ACAAAGGCUUAAUCAAUUCCACUGGGGAAAUACAUCACACUGUGGCGGCCUAUAUAACAGCUGCUGCUGCACACUGGAGCCUCACUUCAGGCUCCUGUCAAGCUGAGUCAAGAACUGAGGGAGCAACCAGACCUACAGCAGACAACUUGAGGAACAAUGAAGCUGUGUAGUGUGUUGCUGUUGGUGGUGCUUGUGGCAGUGCCAGCCUGGAGCCAGUUUCCUCCAGACAACUGGGAGUUCCCAGACAGGAGGAUAGAGAACAAUGAGGACCUGCAGGCCCUGCAGUGCAGGCACACCUGCAAGGAUGUCAAGGCUCUGAAGAGGAGGAUGCGAGAGAUGGAGUCCCGGGUUCUGGCACUGGAAGAUGCUGCACAAGCGCCUCCUACUGGAUUGUUGAAGAUGCUGCAGCUAGAAGGCAGGAUCAGGGAGUUGGAACAACUGCUACUGAAGUCAAACAAGCCUUCAACAGUGCAGGAAAUUGUAAAGCCACGGAAGGACCAAGGAACAGACACCCACGUUUUUGCAUCCUGUGCCGAGCUGAAGGACAACGGGUACACCAAGUCAGGGACCUACACCAUCGACCCUGAUGAUCUUGACUAUGGAGUGGAACCAUUCCAGGUUUUCUGUGACAUGACAAGCGACAAUGAUACUGGAAUCACGUUGGUUGGCCACAACAGUGAGGAGAGAAUGUUGGUGAAUGGCUUUGAGACAGCAGGGUCCUACUCCAAGGAUAUCUCCUACUAUGGGGCCUCCAUGGAGCAGAUUGCAGCCUUGAUCAAGGCCUCCAAAUCCUGCAGGCAGUUCUUGAAGUAUGAGUGUUUCAGCUCGGGCAUCCAUGGCCGUAUUCUUGACCUUGACGUGACCUACGCCAGCUGGGAGAGUCGUCAGGGUGAGAAGAUGGACUACUGGGCAGGGGCCAGCCCUGGCAGUGGGAAGUGUGCAUGUGGGGAGACAGGCACCUGUGCCAAGGCUAACCCACGCUGCAACUGUGAUGUCAACGACAAGCGCUGGCGUGCUGACGAGGGGUACCUGACAGACAAGGCGACUCUGCCCGUGUCACGUCUGAACUUCGGCGACACCGGGCACGAGUGGGAACAGGGCUACUAUACCUUGGGCAAGCUCGAGUGCACAGGCUAUUAGCAACAAUCUAACAGUCACAAUAAGUGGGUGGGAAUGGGUGCUGGCCACCAUUUUUUAAUUGGCUGAGUGAAAUUAGCUUCAAAUGAUGCCAAUCCUUUUCAUUGUGUAUCAAAAGGCAACUCUGUUUACCCAAAAGCACGGCUCAUUUGGACGCAGAAGAGGCCAGAUGUUAUCUUCCGAUAAAGGACAAGAUGUAUGCUCAGUAAUGAAAGUACAGCUGUAUUUGACAUUUUCUUUUGUUAUCAAUAGAUAAUGCAUAGAACUUGAGUCACACUAACAAUGCAUUAAAUGUGAAAUCUAGCAAAAUAUUGA